AUGGAAGCAAUAAUCCAGACACUCAUUACAAGGAAAACGGGGCCCUACCUCUUCACCGGAGACAUUUACCACUGGAUCCGACUCAGACGUCUCGUCUACCAGCACAACUACACGUCCUUUUUUAGGAGUACGCCCCACACAGGAAGGGGCAACGUGGGACAAUUCAGGAAAAAGCAACAAGCUACAAACUCGCAGCGAGACUCUGUAAAAGAGUCACAAGGACAAGGGGUAUUAAAUCUUUCUAAAACAGUACUUAAUACCAAUCAAAUGUUUGCACUAGGCAAAGGUUUAAACUUUGUACCUACUUUUAAAUCUGAUUUAUUUUCAUGUAAAAUGGAUUUACAAAAGUUUUUUUUCGUUUAAUUAACAUGCGUGCAUUUUUUUCAGCCCAUCAACCCCAAAGCUGGGGAGACAACCCUCUUCCAGGAGAUGAUAUCCCAGCGGGCACUUUGUCUAACUAUGCACCGAAUUUGGAGGUUUGUAGAAAGAAAAGUACCUUUUUCCCAGUUGUAGCUAACCCCACCAUUCAGACCUUUUGUUAUAUAGUGAACUCUCAGGUGGAAAAAUUACCCUGGCAACAACAGAAUAUAAAACAUAAUUUGACCUUGACAGAAAGAAAUGCACUCAAAGAAAUCUCACAUAAUCCUGAUAUCAUAGUUAAGCCUGCUGAUAAAGGUGGCUUAAUUGUGAUACAGGAUAGACAGGACUAUAAUUAUGAGAUCAUGAGGCAACUGAUGGAUAGGAACAAUUAUAAGAUACUGAAGAAUGAUCCUACUGCCCAUGUAGCCAAAAUCAUUCAGACUGUAGUGGAGCAGGCCCUUAAGGAUGAGUUAAUUAACAACUCCCAGUUUUCUUUUCUUAUUAAUAAAUUCCCAAGAACACCAGUUUUUUUAUACCUUACCAAAGGUGCACAGAGAUGCUCUUCAUCCACCUGGCCACCCUAUAGUCUCUGGCACAGAUUCUAUUUUUCAACCAUUGGCUAUCUCUAUAGAUCAGUUCUUACAGCCCUUGGUGACAUCUGGGAAGUCUUAUAUUCAAGACACCAAAGAUUUUCUCCUAAAAAUCAGACAAGUAGAUGUAGAGCCCACUGACUUAUUGUUGGCACUAAAUGUGUCAAGCCUUUACACCUCUAUACCUCAUAAUGAAGGAUUGGGGGUGGUACGUGAUAAGUUGCCUAGUGUAUUAACAAAUUCUGGAGAUUGUUCUGAAGAAGAAUUUAUUCAGAUAUCUCACUAUAUUCUAUGAACAAAUUAAAGGAACUGCUAUGGGGGCAAAUAUGGCACCCUCAUAUGCAAAUCUUUUUUAUGACAGACUUUGAGGAGCAGUUUGUGUAUCCACACAAACUAUUUAGAUUACAUGCUAUUGUGUGGUUAAGAUUUAUCGACGAUUGCUUCAUGUUACGGCAUGGAACACCGGCGGAACUUGAUGUUUUUCUUGUUUCUUUAAAUCAAUUCCACAGGGAUAUACAGUUUACUAGUUCCAUCAGCACCAGCUCUGUAAAUUUCUUGGAUGUGCAGAUUAGCAAGCAUGACGGAUUCCUACGUACUGACCUAUACACUAAACCAACAGACUCUAACAGUAUGUUACAUGUGAACAGUUUUCAUUCCACUAAACAGAUUUCCUCUAUCCCAUACAGUCAGUUCCUGCUGGUUCGACGCACUGUUAAUGAUGAAAGUAUAAUUAAUGAACGACUGACUGACUUCUCACAAAAAUUCUUGGACAAGGGUUACAACACUCGACUUAUCCGGAAAGCGAAGUGCAAAGCCUUGCACAUAUCCCGUGAGGAACUUCUUUCCACACCUCAUAGACCCAAACAUGACAGAAUCUCUUUUGUAAGUACUUACUCAUCACUUACAUCCCAAAUUCAGAAAAUUGUACGUAAAAAUAGUUUUUUGUUGCAAUCAGACAGGCAGAUUGGACAUCUUUUCAAAAAAACUCCAUUAUUUGCCAAUAAACGGGGUCGGUCCAUAAGAGAUAUGGUAGUUAGGGCAGAUAAUGCGCCCCACAAGACACAGAUAUUUCUUUCCAAACCUGUAUAUGGCCCUUACCCCUGUCUCAGCUGCAACCAUUGUAGCAGAGUUAUUAAGGGAGAAUUCUGCACACAUCCUAGGACAGGUCAACAGAUCAAAUUAAAAGGGUUCUUUACAUGCCAAACAGACUUUGUAGUCUAUUUACUUAAAUGUCCCUGUGGUCUUGGUUAUGUAGGCAAGACCAUACGUGCCCUCAAAGAUCGGGUAUCCCAACACAAAACAACUAUCCGUAACAUGACCUGUGAUACACCAGUUGCAAGACAUUUUAGGGAAAAGAGACAACUACGGUAUCAAGUACUUGAUAGGGUCCCUCCACUUACGAGAGGAGGUAAUAGGGAAAAGAUGCGUCUCCAAAAAGAGGUGCGCUGGAUGCACCUGCUGGACACAGUGUCCCCUCAUGGUCUCAAUGAGAAGCUUGAGUGGCACUGGUUCCUGUAGAUGCAUCCAGCUUGUGCCCGCUUCGGGAGGUCUCCUGGAUCUGGGUAUGUAUACAUAUAUUUUCUUAUAUUACCUUGUAUUUGCAUGAUCCUUUUUUAUUAUGUCCAUAGUCUCUCUCUGUAGAUAGUUCCAUCUUUCCCUGGCACACUGUAUAUCCUCCUCCCCUUUUUGGGGGGUGCUAGAUUUAUAUUUAGAGGUUCUACCUGCCUUUUUUUUUCUGUUUGGUUUCACCUGUCAUUAUGACAGUUUCACAUUUUUUCUGUACUUUGACUUGUAUUCUUCUUUAAUGUGUAGCUGUCUGGCAAUAUUCCAAGUCCCCAUAAGCUUUUCUGGAGCUUUAUGCUCCUUAUUUACAAUUUACUGCUUGCUCUUGUUCAUUUUCAUGAGUGUUUCGUUUUUUCCUGCUAGUGUUAUAAGCUUCUGCUCUAUUUGCAUUACUAUACAUUUCUUGUUUACUGCUCUGUUUCCUAGCAACGGAAUGUGAUGAUGUUACACACAAUGGGCGUGUCUGCUGACGUCAUCACACACAGACCAACUGAAACAGGAAGUGACUAGAGACUAUGACCAUGCUGGAAACAUGGAGAUUGUCAGUUUCAGCUGCUG